AUGGGCCUCCAAGAAGUAUUAAUUUUUGCGAUCAGCGUCGUCGGAACCAUGGGCUAUAUCCCCCAUGGUUCUAUUGGGGAAAAGGAUCAUAUGCUAACGGAGGCUUUGCUACGUGAGGUAGUCGAAAGAAUGGGCAAGGACUUCAACGAGGCUGCUUCCAGCUACCUCGACUUCCCUUCAAGCGAACGCCAUCUCGCUCUGAUGGCCCGGGCAAACAAAGAUCUGGGGAACGAACAGCUGGAUUACGACUCUCUGAUCGACGGCAACCCCAACCCCAGCUUACGCGACCAGGAAUACCUGCAGCACAGUUCGCUAUGGGGCCACCAGUACGUAACCGGUGGCGCUGGAGAGGGUGAUCAGGGGAUAAACCGCCAGAUGGUUAAGACCGACGCGGUCCUGCCAGCCUACUGCAACCCGCCUAAUCCUUGCCCAGUCGGAUACACAGAGGACCAAGGGUGCAUCAGCGAGUUUGAGAAUACAGCCGCGUUUAGUCGUGAAUAUCAGCUGGCGCAGCGCUGCAUGUGCGAUGGAGAACACAUGUUCAGCUGCCCUCCUGACUCCGGUUCUGAACUUGACCUACGCUUUCCAGAGCAUCACAAAAGUCUUGUUGCAAAGAAAUAUAAACCUGCUGAAGAAAAUCCCUAUUUGACGGGUGAACGUUUACCGAUUGCAGCUAAAAAAGGUUUUGAUGUCAAUAUGUACUAA